CGGAGAGAUUUCUCAAGUUGAGCUUCAUAGGAAGAAGAAGAAGCGGCUGCAAAUCACAACAUGACGUUUAAGCGAAGGAAUGGUGGUCGUAACAAACAUGGCCGUGGUCAUGUUAACUUCAUCCGUUGUUCAAACUGUGGAUAAGGCAAUCAAGAGAUUUUUGGUGAGGAACAUCGUUGAACAAGCUGCUGUUAGAGAUGUUCAGGAAGCUUGUGUCUAUGAUGGAUACACUUUGCCUAAAUUGUACGCCAAGAUGCUUUACUGUGUGUCCUGUGCUAUUCAUUCUCAUGUGGUGAGAGUUCGUUCUAGAGAGAAGAUGAGGAACCGUGACCCACCUCAACGUUUCAACCGUCGGCUGUACUUUCUUGUGUCGGUAACGAAGAGUUUGUCUCAUAGUUUUGCGUGA